UCAAGGUUGUCGCGCCGCUUCCUGUGACGUCACCACGCACGGACGUCCAUAAUGGACUUGCAGCUGUUCUCUGACAAACAAUAACAAGAGCGGAGAGCGAAUAGCGGGGGAUGUUGUGUCCCAAAUCGCAUUGAAAUCGAGCCUGAAGGGCGUCUCGACUCUUGACAUCGCCGUUGAGGAAACUCUGGCCUCCGCGUCCUCCUCGUCCGACUCGGAAACCGGCGGAGCUUCGCCGCCCCCGCGAAAGAAAAGCCGAGGCUCGGCGGCGGAGGGAGCAGGAGAGAGCGGGGCGUCUGCUGCCGGGAUCACGGGCCUCUCUGCGGCUGCUCUCCCAACCCCCCACAAGCGCUCAUCCGUCCGCUUUAAUAACAGAUCCAACACUUUUGACGCGUUUCAUAACAUGCAGGCCAACGGGACGGGAGGACAAGAGCCGGAGCCGCAGGUGUCCUGUCGGAACGGAGAGUCCUCGUUAUCCGCCGCGGGAGCUGUGCACUCCAACGGGCUACUGUCCGCGGCUAAUAAUGGGCUGCCGUCCACCGAGAGUCCGGCCUUAGAUACCGGCCUGAAGAAGAAGAAACGACUGUCACAGGCCGAUGAGGAUGUGAUCAGACUUAUAGGACAACAUCUACACGGGUUAGGACUCAAUCAAACCGUGGACCUGUUGAUGCAGGAAUCCGGCUGUAGACUUGAGCAUCCUGCUGCUACCAAAUUCCGGAAUCACGUGAUGGAGGGAGAGUGGGAAAAGGCUGAGAGCGAUCUGAAUGAGUUGAAAGCACUCAUGCAUUCACCCGGCGCUGUUGUGCGGAUGAAGUUCUUGCUCUUGCAGCAGAAGUAUUUGGAGUAUCUGGAGGAUGGGAAGGUCCUGGAGGCUCUACAGGUGCUCCGAGCCGAGCUCACCCCUCUGAAGUAUAACACCGAGCGGAUCCACAUUCUCAGCGGGUACCUGAUGUGCAGUCAUUCUGAUGAUCUGCGUGCUAAAGCUGAGUGGGAGGGCAAAGGGACGGCUUCGCGAUCCAAACUCCUCGACAAACUACAGACAUACUUGCCCCCGUCUGUGAUGUUGCCACCCCGUCGUCUGCAGACUCUGUUACGUCAGGCGGUGGAGCUACAGAGAGAUCGCUGUCUGUACCACAACACCAAACUGGACAGUGGGCUGGACUCUGUGUCUCUGCUGAUAGACCACAUGUGCAGCAGGAAACAGUUCCCCUGCUACACCCAGCAGAUUCUGACCGAGCACUGCAAUGAAGUCUGGUUCUGUAAAUUCUCCAACGAUGGCACCAAACUGGCCUCAGGAUCCAAAGACACGACAGUCAUUAUAUGGCAGGUCGAUCCUGAAACUCACCAGCUCAGACAGCUGAAGACUCUAGAGGGUCAUGCCUAUGGGGUUUCCUAUUUGGCCUGGAGCCCCGAUGACACGUAUCUGAUAGCCUGUGGCCCAGACGACUGCUCUGAGCUUUGGCUGUGGAACGUUCAGACAGGGGAACUGAGAACCAAAAUGAGCCAAUCCCAUGAAGACAGCUUGACCAGUGUGGCCUGGAACCCAGAUGGCAAGCGUUUUGUUACCGGAGGUCAGAGAGGCCAGUUCUACCAGUGUGAUCUGGAUGGAAAUCUGCUGGAUUCGUGGGAAGGUGUCCGCGUACAGUGCCUGUGGUGUCUAAAUGAUGGCAGAACAGUGCUGGCUUCUGAUACACACCAGCGGAUCCGUGGAUACAACUUUGAAGAUCUGACUGACAGGAACAUCGUUCAAGAGGAUCACCCCGUUAUGUCCUUCACAGUGUCAAGAAACGGACGAUUAGCUCUGUUAAAUGUCGCAACUCAGGGAGUUCAUCUGUGGGAUCUGCAGGAUCGCGUGUUAGUCAGAAAGUAUCAAGGUGUGACUCAGGGCUUCUAUACCAUUCACUCCUGCUUUGGUGGCUAUAAUGAAGACUUCAUUGCGAGUGGUAGUGAAGACCACAAAGUUUACAUCUGGCACAAGCGUAGUGAGCUGCCCAUAGCCGAGCUUACGGGUCACACGCGUACAGUGAACUGUGUGAGCUGGAACCCCGUCCUGCCGGGCCUGAUGGCCAGCGCCUCAGAUGACGGCACUGUACGUGUCUGGGGUCCCGCCCCUUUUCUCGAAUCACAGGAGAACGAGGCGAUAAAUGAAUGCUACAGCAUGGACAGUUGAUGUUGACCCUGGAGCAGAUGUCCACUUUGGAAACUUGACAGCGGGACGCACUAUAGUGAAUGAAGAAUGAAAAAAUAAUGAAGUAAACACAAAAUCAGAUGGAUGCUUUUUUCUGGUGGUUACACAUCUCCCACCCGCAAUGGCAGCAUUGGAGGAGACGCCGUUUCAGUGGAAUUAAAUGAAACCUGCUGCCGCCCUUUACCAUCUGACUUCAGACCCCAUGUGGCACCACAAAACGGUCACGCCACACGCUUCAAAGAGGACACACUCACCUCGAUCAAACUCCUCCUCCUUUCUACACUGCAUCCUGAGUGGACGACUGUCUCCUGAAUCCACACGCACACAAACGAACGCCAUUGAAAUUAUUUAUUAUGGCUUUAAUUUAUUAUUGUGAAUGAAUCAAGGCCUCGGGCUCGCUUUUGUUCUGUACAAUAUACACUCAGCGAGGGGACAAUACGACCCUAUCGUGGCAUGUGCGAUCUCCAGAUCUUCUGCGGUCGUGAAAUAGGCCGCCGUGGUUUCAAAAGAGACUCGCACGGAUAGAGUUGUUCUAUAACGAAUCAUAUCUUUUUUUUUCAGCAUGAACUUUUGUGCCCUUUUAGCCACCUCUGUGACAGCGAAUGCUCAAAAGUGUCUUCACCAGCAGAAAUACAUGAUAUUGUUUUCGUCUUUCCUCCAUGACCUACGAGAAUUUUAAAUGACUGAAAUUACAGGCAUUUUUAACAGCUAGAAAUCGUCCUUUCAUUUGCUUAGAUUAGGAACUUCCAGACGUGACCCUCGGCUGCAGUUUUUCCCUCUGUCAUUGAUUAUAUGGUACUGUAUUGGGUAUGGUCAUCUGGAGAGGGGAGAGAUUCACUAGACGUGAUGAAUUAUUCUUAAUACUUGAGAUGGACCGAUAUAGUCGCCGCAAAAGAAACGCAACAGGCUGCGGUUAUUUUUUGGUAACGGGCUUGAAAUUGAAGUCCGAGCCAUAUCCGAGUCUGCGAGGCUUGCCUAGACUUACAGCAUGCUAUGCAUUCUUCUAACAAACGAAUGAGCUAAAGUCAUUUUCUAGAUUAAAACCACGUGUAUAUAACGGCCUUCGGUGUGCAUACUUUGCUAUUGUAAGCGGCUAAUAGAUGUUUCAAACAUGGUUGAGGUCAUCGCUGCAGUGAAUGUAUAGGCUCUUACUCUUAGAGACGUUGGGGAAUUAAGAAUCUAAAGUUUUGGAUCAUGAGAAAUGUGUUGUCACAGAAAUAACUACAAUGAAUUCCCACAUCUGUCUGUAUUCAAUUGUUUGUUCCCCUGCCAUUCCAACACCAUCGUAUUCGUCUCUUUGGUCCUCGAUGGUCUCGUUCCCUCUUUUUUUUUUUUACAUUAUCGCAUGGAUUUCUUGGUGGGGUUUUUUUUAUUCUUUUUGGACAUGUAUAUGAAUAGUCAUCACUUAUGUUUUAUUCGCUUUUAUUUUGGGGGUAUAAUUUUGGUUUGCUCUUUUAUUGCUUCUUUUCCCUUGUAUGAUCAUAUAAAAGAUGGCCUCUUUAACAGCUUUUUUCUAUUCGUGAAAUACUUUAAUACCAUAUUGCGCAUUACUACACGCAGGUGUACCUUAUAAUAAUUUAGGUAUUCAGAGUGUUGUAAGUCACAUUUAAGUCAUUCAAGCUAAAGAAACUUUGCCUUGUUUGAUUAUGUUUUCUUCAUAUAGAUAUAAAUAUAAAUAUAUAUAUAUAUGAAGAAACUAUAGAUAUAUAAAUAGAUAUAUACAGAUGUGUGUAUUUCUUGCCAUGUGUGCUCCCAUACAAUGUUAACCGUUUCUCACCUGUAAAGCUCCUCUGUACAGGUUAUUCAUAACCCAACCAGCCAAACCUGUUCCAUUACCCAAGGAGUGACGCACACACACAAAACAAAAAACGUGCAUGCAGAAACAAGCCUCACACAUAUGUGAAGCAGCCAUGAAGAUAUCACUCAAUUGUGGUGUUGUACGUUCUGGUUUAUGCAACUUAACUUUCCUUUUCUUAUAAAUAUUUGUGUUUCAUUUGAUGUCUUAGUUUUGACUUUCUUGUGCUAUGAGGGCAAACGCUAUGAGCCUGCGGGGUAACCGUAGCGCCCCGGGUUGAGUUCUGGGCAACGACUAAGUUUAUUGCAGUCAGGUUCUGAGAGAUCUGUUUUGCAUUUCAGUGUGUUAUUAUUCUAAGUGAUUGUACUAUUAUGUAAUGUUAUGUAGGAGAGGUGUUAUGUAUACAUACUUUAAAUAAAGCAUUCAGGGUUUUAAACUA